ACUUCCUUGUGGAAUCCAAAGGUCCUACCUCCGCGCACUUGUCCCAGAGCACGCAAAGCAGAUACGGGACUAUGUCGGCGAGCCUCGUGAGGGCGUCGCUGCCGUGGCGUUGCGGCACUGGCAGCACGGCCGCAGCCAUGGGGAUUACCCUGCGUUCUCGCCUGCGCCGGCCGGGGUGCCACGGCCAGCGCGCCGGCCUCCGGUGCAGCGCCACGACGCCGCCGGGGUUCCCCCCGGGCCCGUCGCCCGCCGAGGUGCCGGGCACGGCCCGCCCGCCCGAGGAGAUGCCAGCCACGGCGCGCCCGCCGCAGGAGAUGCCGAGCAUCGACACGCCGCCGGAGUUCGAGCCGCCCCCUGGCAUCGACGUGCCGAUGCCGGGUGCGCCGGUGCCCGGCACGCCUCCCGGGCCGGAGCAGCCUGGCCCGUCGAUACCGUCGCCGCCGAUGCCGGAGGUCCCGGCCGUGCCGCCGAACCCCGAAGUCAUACCCACGCCGCCGCCGGAGCUCGACCCGCCGCGCGCCCCGCCGGAGGUCGUGCCGCCGCAGCCGUCCGACGUCCCGCCUCCGUUCGUGUAGCUUCCUUGGCCCGUGGUGAAGUCUCUGUAAAAUCUCGCUGUAAAAUACAGUAUUUCGCGUGCAGCUCCUUUUCAGUAAUAAUAAAGCAGAGUAAGAAGUGACA